AUGCGGGCUCUCGUGUCGCUCCUCCUGCGUCUCCCUCCCCUCAGCUUUCCCUCGUGGCUCCCGCCGAUCCCUCAAGUCUUUCCCGAGCGGCCGCUCCAGAGCGCAGGGGGCUGUCGCCGGGGCGGGGCAGAGGUCGCUUUGCGGGCUCGGUCGGCGUUGGGGUGGGGGGGUCUCUGCCACCGUACGCGUCGCUUUUUGCUCGCUCUUCCGCUCUCGGCCUUUCUAGCCCGCUGUCAGUUUGAAUCGGCCGGCGCCGUGCACCGAUUGGGAGAACUCGCGUUCGACCACGUCCCGCAUUGGAAGGCUCGGGAGCCGGCCUCUGAGGCGAUCUCAAAGCGGGUGGCAGGGACGAAAGGGGAGGAGAGCUCCGAGUGGGAAGCGGAGCCGGGGGCGCAGGACCCGUCGCGUCAGAGCCAGGUAAAGGCUCCGUCCCUCUCCCUUUUCUUCUCGCCCGCCGCGGGACUGGAGCCCGGACUGGACAGACCGGGCGGCAGAGGCGGGAAGGAGAGGGCGCGGAUGCGGCUCUCGGCAUCGCCCUCGCGUUGCCUCCCGGAACCCCUCAGCCCCCCCUCCCUCCGGACCCACUCCCCAUCUCCCGGUGCAGCCCACACUGCUUCUUUAGGGCUGCGUCUCCGCCCUUCGCCGUCCUGCCCGGGACCGUGCCUUGGCUCUCGAGCCGCGGCGCCGUCGGCUCCCAGCCCCCUCCCUCAAGCCCCCUGCACACGGGCAGCCUCCGUGCACCUUUGGGCAGCCGUCGUUGGCAUCAUCCGUGACCAACGACUGCCCUCUGCCUCCGUCUCCAAGCCCUGGCAGAGAGCCCAGUCACAGCCCUGGACCCAGAAAGACGGGUGUUCCGCGCUGUUUCCGGGGCUCUUCUCCGGCCUCAGCCCCCCGGCCCGCCCGGAACGGGCCCCUCUUCACGCACUCGCCUUCUCGGACCUGCCUCUGCGAAGCCAGAGUUGCUAA